GGACAGUAUUACGGUGACUUAGAUUUCUCUAAGGUCAUGAAUUGUCAGAAGAAACCAGCCAUUUCUGAUUUGCCUCCUGACAAGAAGGACGAUGAAGUAGUGGGAAAGCUACCUUUCUGUUGCAAAAACGGAACUCUCUUACCACCUUUAAUGGAUCCUUCGAAAGCUCGAUCGAUGUUUCAGUUGCAGGUUUUCAAGUUGCCUCCUGACCUAAACAGAACAGCUCUUCACCCACCUCAGAACUGGAAAAUCGACGGUAUUCUCAAUCCGCAGUACAAAUGCGGGCCACCGGUUCGGGUCGAUCCAUCUCAGUUCCCAGAUCCUAGCGGUCUACUGGCUAUAACCUACGCAAUCGCCAGCUGGCAAGUGGUCUGCAACAUAACCAAACCCAAAGCACAAGCCUCAAGAUGUUGUGUAUCUUUCUCUGCCUUUUACAACAACUCUGCAGUUCCUUGCAACACUUGUGCUUGCGGAUGCAACGACAUUGAUACUGAUACUUGCGAUGCUCACCGUAACCCUCUCCUCCUUCCACCAGACGCCCUACUUGUUCCGUUCGACAACCGAACCCUAAAAGCUAGAGCUUGGGCUAAACAAAACCACAUGCCAGUACCAAAGAAACUUCCUUGUCCGGAUAACUGCGGAGUCAGCAUUAACUGGCACGUUAGCACGGAUUACAAAAACGGUUGGACCGCGAGGUUAACCGUUUUCAAUUGGAGAAAUUUCGCUUUCGAGGAUUGGUUUGUGGCGAUGGAUAUGGGAAAAGCGAGUCCAGGAUAUGAAAACGUUUACUCCUUUAAUGGAACACGUGUUCCACCAAACAAUCGAACUGUUAUCUUCCAAGGCUUGCGUGAUAUGAACUAUCUUGUCGGUCAAGUUAACGGAACAAAUCCAUUAAGAGACCCUCCCGUGCCCGGAAAGCAACAAUCUGUUAUCUCCUUCUCCAAGAAGAACAUCAAAGGACUGAAUAUUCCAGGAGGCGACGGUUUCCCAACUAGGCUUUUCUUCAAUGGAGAAGAAUGUGCGCUUCCAAAACAUUUCCCGAAGAAGAGUUCAGGACAUAGACGCGGUAUCAGCGUCUUCAUGUCCCUUGUUUUUGCAACUGUCGCGGCUUUUGCACUAAUGAUGGACUGAAGAGAUAACUAAACUUAGCGGUCUUGAUCAGUUUUUUUGAUCUUCAACUUCUAAAGAUUGGUGUUUUGAUGAUAUUGCUGAACAGAGGAAGGAUCAAAAGGAGCAGAUGUGGAGAUAUCUUUGUUAUAUGAUUUGAUCUAAUAUGGAAAAAAUAUUCACAAUGUUGUAUUAAUACUUUUGUUUGGUCUAUAAAAGUAUUAAAGUGUAUGUUGUUCUUUGGUAA